CACCAUCCACUGAUAGUCAAGAUGGUUAUUGGUAUUAUGGUAGUUGGACAAUGGUAACAAAUAGUUCAGGGAUGAGAAUUGUGUUGAAAGCUGAGAUGGCGAAAGCAUGCAUCUCAGUGAUGAUCGCCCCUCUUGUCAACUACUUUCAGGAGGGUGGCUACACACCAAGUGUAUUGAUGAAGGAUAACUAUGCAUGGAGAAUACUUCGAAGUGGUAUAACGGAGAAAUAUGGUCUGACAGAUGAAUCUGACAAGAAGAAGGCGAUGCUUGUCACUGGUCAUUGGGUUUCGAAAUCGGUUGUUUUCCAUAUGGCCACGAAACACCGACAACUUCGACAUCCAAUCCGACCUGUGAAGAUAAUUGGCUACGAGCAGUCUCUCAAAACACUGGAUAUCAGUAAAUAUUUCUUUUAUGUACCAGUUGGUUUCACAAACACACGUAUUGCCUACAUGAUCGCCAAUAGGAUGGUUCGAUCCGUGUGCAUUCCCCUCUUUGAAGAUUUUUCUGAACUGAUUGAAUUACAACAGCUUUACUGUCAAAUAAUCAGUGAUCCAUUCCACUACCACAUAGAUGCUGAGUAUCUGACUAAUUCACCGAAGAAGAAAAUUACUGACACAUCGAAAAACCGGUUCAGUCGACUCACCACAUAUCUAAACAUCUUCGAGCCGAGAAGUGAGCUACUGCUUUAUCCCCAGUUGUGUGUAAAUGGGAAAACCCGUGAGAAAUACUACUUUGAUUACAAUGAUCACUUGGAGAAUACUCUGAGUGUGAUAUACACUGAGAUCUAUAUGCCGAGUGGAAAUCAUUUACAGGAUGUUCUGAAAGAUGUCUGCAAGAUUUCGGUUAAAUUUCCACCGGAGGAUAAUAUGCUGAAAGAUUGUUGGGAGAAAUAUGUUGUCGACGAAAAGAUUCAACAAUCGAUUCUCCAUUAUUAUCAAUCAAGAUCCCCACGUGUACCUCGUUGAAUUGAAGUUCCAAUGUGGAUGACGAUACUCAUAUAUGUUUGUAG